AUGCCACCUAAAAAGAAAAAGGAAUUAGACGUAGUAGAUCCAUCUCUAACCGAAUUUGAACUCAAUGUAUCAGAGAUAACAGAAAUCGAUCAACCAAAACCAUUAUUAUCGAUUGUCACCGGAGAACCCUUCGGUCCAAGAGUUCAUUAUGUCAGGGAAAAAGAGGAGGAUGAAAGUUCAGACGAUGAACCAGAAUCUGAAGGAGACGACGACAUGAGAUUUUUGAAAGAUGACGUGUCCGAUGUUUCCUCCGAAUUUUGGAUAAUGCAAAAGUUAAUCAAAUAUAUGAAAGCUGGAAAUCAAACUGCUACCACAAUAUCUUUAUGUUUACUUAAAGAUUAUGAUCUUACAAGCAGAGUAAUUCAAAAGGCUAUAGAAAAAAUGGGAGGAUUGGAAAUUUUAGUUAAUCUUUUGGAAACUAAUGAUAUCAAAUGUCAAAAUGGAUCUUUGUCUGUAUUAAUUUUAAUAGUAACUUCAAGUGAGAUGCGUCGUGCUCUUAUUGAUUAUGGUAUUGUGACAUCACUCAUUCAUUUACUUAAACAUCCUGUUAGAGACAUUCAAAUACUAGCUGCUGAAAUUAUGGCUGUUAUCGCACAAGUAAGAAAAGCUAGAAAACAAAUUAGGAUUCGUGGUGGCAUACCUCUAUUACUGGACAUUAUGGAUAUACCGGAUAAUAUUCUACACCGUUCUUUUGAUGAAUUAAAUAAUGUUCAAAAAGAGUUAAUCGCUGUUGCUAUUGGUGGUGCUAAAGUAUUAAACUCUAUAGCGGUGAGCCCAAAAAUAAAAGUAGAACUUCAAAAGCAUGGAGUUGUUCUACUCAUGGCACGUUUUCUAAAGAGCCGUCACACUGAUUUAAUAAUUCCUAUCAUGGGAACAGUACAGCAAUGUGCAGAUCUGACAGUGUGCAGAUUGGCCUUUGAACAAAUGGGUAUUAUUGCUAAUAUUGUAUACCAUUUGAAAGAUGAAAAUAUGAAAUUGAAAGAAAAUUGUGCCUUAGCUAUAUUCAAAUGCGCAAUAAAUAAAACAACUAGUAAUAUGGUUAGAGAGGCUGGUGGUUUGGAUCCUUUAUGUAAACUGAUACAAUCUCAGGAUGUUUGCGCUAAUAAACGUUUAUUAGCUGCAGUAACGGGUGCUAUUUGGAAAUGUGCUGUAAGUCCAGAAAAUGUAACAAGAUUUAAUCAGAACAAUUUAAUAGCAUUUCUAGUUCCUCUUCUUCAAGAAAAUGAAGAUGAAGAUGUUUUAUCUAAUGUAGUCGGAGCAUUAGCUGAAUGUUGUAAGGAUCCCAUAAAUAGAGGAAUCUUAAGAACUCACGACGGAUUACCUAAGUUAAUCAAAUUGCUGUGUUCUACUUAUGAACCGUUAUUAGAAAAUAUACCAUUGGUAUUAAAAGAAUGUGCAGAAAAUGAACAAUGCAUGGAUAUUAUUAAUGAUCCUGGACAUAAAUUAGACGGUGUUAGAUUAUUAUGGUCUCUAUUAAAACAUCCAAGCGACGUUAUCAAAACAAAUGCUUGUCUUGCCUUAGUUCCGUGCAUCAAAUAUGCUAAAGAUUCUCCUGAAAUGGUGCGAGCUUUUGUAGGUGGACUGGAGCUUACAGUCAGUCUUUUGAAUAGUACCAAUCCUAAAGUACUAAGCGCUGUUUGCGCCACAAUAGCUAAAAUUGCAUUAGAUCCUGAAAAUCUUGGUAUUUUAACUGAUCAUGGAGUGGUGCCUAAAUUGGCUAAUCUUGCUAAGACAGAAAAUGAAGAUCUUAGAGCUAAUCUAACUUUAGCUAUCGCUUAUUGCUGUGAAUGGGGUGAAAAUAGUUCUGAGUUUGGUAAACUAAAUGCAGUUGCUCCUCUUGUCGGUUAUAUGAAUAGUAAAAACAAAACUGUUCUUAAAGGAGUCUGUAUAGCAAUGUAUCAUUUAAGUAAGGACCCUAUGAACUGUGUAACCAUGCAUAGUUGUGGUAUUAUAAAGCACGUGUUACGAUUGGUCGGUUCGGAGGAUCCAGAAGUACAAAUAGCUGCUGCUAGUACGAUUCGACAUAUUAGAAAACUUGCAUUAACAGCUGAAAAAUUACACUUCAAAGAAAUAAACUUACUUCAAGACACAGACUACCAAUCAUAAAGUCGAAUGAAGUUAAAGCAUAAUACAAUACGUAUAAUUAAAAAGCAACUUAUAGAAAUUAAAUUAAAUUUAAUAUAUUCUGUCUAUUUUGUAAU